GAUGAGGUAACACGCAAGCAUUGGUUGAUGCAUGCAACGUCUGAACGCGGCCAUCGUCUCCACUGCAGCAGGCCCUCGAGUCGAUUACCGAUUGAUGGUCUCACUGAUGGAAAGCGGUGCUGGCAUCGAAAUGUUGAGACAUUCCGAAACAGUGCCAAAUUAAAGGUAGUUGUAUGGCCAUUGUACCUAGCUAGUUAAUAAUAUACAUUCGCGACCUCAAAUUUUGCUAGAAGAUUAAAGGCUAAGGUUAGCUUGCUAAGAGUGGAUGGAAUGAGUUAAUGCUGACAACUGGGCACACAGGAGCCAUGCUGACGUCUAUCAAGUUGCCUAUUGUGAUCAGAGCCGAAAUCAAUUUGGUUUUGGUGGUGGUGACAGCCCUUGGACUUUUGUCCAGACUGUAUGGAAUUAACUUCCCUAAAGCUGUAGUGUUUGAUGAGGUGUACUAUGGACAGUUUGUAUCUCUCUACACAAAGCAGGUCUUCUUUAUUGAUGAGAGUGGUCCACCUCUUGGUCACAUGAUUCUAGCAUUUGGAGCUUAUCUUGGUGGAUUUGAUGGUAACUUUAUCUGGAACAGGAUUGGAGCAGAGUACUCCAGUAAUGUACCUGUAUGGAGUUUAAGACUGAUACCGGCCCUGGCCGGGUCACUGUGUGUACCCCUGUGUUACCUUCUGGUUGUGGAACUCGGGUACUCGCACCUCACAGCGCUGGGGGCUGCAUUGCUCUUCCUCAUGGAGAAUUCCUUGAUUGUUCAGUCCCGCUUCAUGCUGCUGGAAUCUGUGCUUAUCUUCUUCCUUCUGCUCGCUGUCGUAUCCUACCUCAGAUUUCACAAUGCACAAAGCGGCUCACCAGUCAGAUUGGCGUGGCUGGUGCUGACUGGAGUCACAUGUGCCUGUGCUGUGGGAGUAAAGUACAUGGGCCUGUUCACCUACUUUCUGCUGCUGGGCUUGGCGGCCGUGCACACGUGGCAGCUUAUUGGGGACAGAGCACUGAGCAAUGGUGUGGUGCUGAUGCAGGUAGUGACCCGCUUCCUGGCCCUCGUGGUCCUACCCCUACUGCUCUACCUGGGCUUCUUCUAUGUGCAUUUGAAUCUGCUCUACCGCAGUGGCCCACACGACCAGAUGAUGAGCAGUGCCUUCCAGGCCAGCCUAGAGGGAGGAUUGGCCAGGAUCACUCAAGGUCAGCCUCUAGAGGUGGCUUAUGGCUCUCAGGUGACCCUCCGCAGUGUCUCCAGUAAACCCAUACCCUGCUGGCUACACUCCCAUAAGGCAAACUAUCCCAUCAGGUAUGAAAAUGGGCGUGGUAGCUCUCACCAGCAGCAAGUGACCUGUUAUCCAUUCAAAGAUGUCAACAAUUGGUGGAUAAUCAAAGAUCCAGGCAGACAAGACCUUGUUGUGAGCAGCCCUCCCCGCCCUGUUCGCCAUGGUGACGUUGUCCAGCUUCUUCACGGCAUGACCUCCCGCCUCCUCAACACGCACGACGUUGCAGCUCCCAUGAGUCCUCACGCACAGGAGGUGUCUGGCUACAUUGACUUCAAUGUGUCAAUGCCAGCCCAGAAUCUCUGGAAAGUGGACAUUGCGAACAGGGAGGCGGAACAAGAUGUCUGGAAGACUAUUCUCUCUGAAGUACGUUUGAUUCACAUCAACACCUCGGCUGUGCUCAAGCUGAGCGGUUCCUCCCUUCCAGAGUGGGGCUACAGGCAGCUGGAAGUGGUGGGGGAUAAGAUCUACAAGGGCUACCAGCCCAGCGGUGUGUGGAAUGUAGAGGAGCACCGCUACGGCAGAAGUCUGGAGCAGAGGGAGAGAGAGCUGGAGCUACACUCCCCCACACACAUUGACAUCAACCGCAACCUCACCUUCAUUGCAAAAUUCCUGGAGCUACAGUGGAAGAUGCUGACGGUGAAGCAUGAGGAUUCUGAACACAAGUACAGCUCUUCACCUCUAGAAUGGAUCACUAUGAAUACCAACAUUGCGUACUGGCUCCACCCUGCAAGCAAUGCCCAGAUCCACCUGAUUGGGAACUUUGUCACUUGGACCCUGGCAAACCUCGCCCUUGCGGUGUACGUCAUUCUUUUCCUAUCGUACCUAUUAAGGAGGCGGCGGAAAAUUGAAGACAUUCCGGAAGCCACCUGGUGCCAGCUGCUUCAGGCAGGAGUAGUGUGUGCUGGUGGCUGGGCCGUCAACUACCUGCCCUUCUUCAUGAUGGAGAAGACGCUGUUCCUGUAUCACUACCUGCCAGCUCUCACCUUCCAGAUCCUGCUGAUCCCUGUGGUUUUGGAGCACCUGCACACACACAUGUUGAGGUGUGCUUCUCUCCGGCGUGCUCUUCAUGGAGUCGUAUUGGCGGGGUUGUCCUCAGUAUAUCUGUCCUUUCGGACCUUCAGUCCUCUCACCUAUGGUCAGCCAGAACUGAGCGCUGAGCAGCUGGCUUCAUUGCGCUGGAGGGACAGUUGGGACAUCUUGUUUCGCAGACGUUAAGUCUUAACCGUACACCCCCGCUGACUGGGGAGAGGCGAAGCCGUACAUUUGCUCAGGGCAGGUAGCGCCUAAGGGAACCGUUCCAAAGGAAGGCCUUUUUAAAAACAUGUUUUGUAGAGUGCAUUACUUUAAUUUUAUUAGUGAGUGCAUCUACAUGGGAUCAGAGAACUUUGGGUCCAGAAACGGUUUAAAUCUUUGAGGGACCUAUUUAAAAUCUCUCACUUCAGCUACAGCUCCGGUCAAUGUGAAAACCAUGAAAUGUUUACAUGUAUUUUUCAGUAUCAUUUACAGAUCAAAAGGGAAUGUUUACCCAAAAAUGUCACUGUGAUGAACCACUUUUUUAAAAACAGUUUCUCUAUGUGGAAUUUAAGGCUGCAUAACAAUUGAAAUUUUUAAAAAUGAAUAAACCACAACGUUGCAUUCAUUGUAAA